UCAUGUCAAUAAACAUUAAUGUUGUUUACGUGUAUUUUCUAAAUAAAAUCUGAUUUAGGCUUUUAUUUGUACAUGAUAUGGACGACGAGGACGAUUAUUGGAAUACCAGUGAAACCAAGGCUAAAGCGUUUAGCUUUGACGAUGAUGUCCUCUCACCUCAAGAAAUCUUAGCUAUUGGCCAGAACAAGACACCAGGCCAAGCGGAAGACAGCCUGUUCUCGGGCACAAGCAUCAGCAAUGUGAAAACGGCUACGCUCCCGCUGUCCAGUCUGGUGUCUAAUAAAGUAUUGGAGUUGAUUCUCCUCGCCCAAUCCGGAAAGGAUCCCAAAGCGGCCCAGCCCCAGGAGCAAACCGUGUCCACAACCAUCCGAAGACUGGUUCUAGGCCGGGCCUGCUCGCUGCACAGUCACCGGAGUCUGCGGAGCAAGACGGAGCUGCUGGAUGCAGCCGGGGCUGUCGGAGAUGGCAAUGCCAUUCUAACUGUAGUAUUGUUCCUGAUUCAGACCCUGAACAAGAAACUAGUAUACGAGCUAUUGUCCUCACGACCUCUGGCACUCAACCACUAUAUUAGCUUCCUUCAAAACGAGGGGAAAAUAUCGGAGCUGACUGACCUGCUUACAAUGCUGGGUAGAUCUCCGGAUGCAGCGAUGCACCAAUUCCAACAACACAUGCGCACAGGCGGCUCUGUGGAUGGCUUACUGCGGAAGGUAACCAACCUGGUUGCCAACCAUUUUAACCAACCAGGGACAGAUGCGCACCAAGCGAAGAUGUUAGCAGACUUCGUCAAAUUACUAGAAUGGCAGAAAUUCGCGCAGAAACCGGUUCUCGAUAACAAGUCAGCAUUAUACUGUCUGGCAUACUGUUGUGCCAAUCACUGGCACGAAGGAGCCGGCAAUAUGAUGUCACCUCUCACUCUCUGCCAGAGACAGCAGAUAAGUCCCCUCCAGUACGACUGGGUUGUACUGAAUGUACACGCCAAGUCCGGAAAAUGGGAUAUCGUCGAGUCCUUGUUUACGAAAAAGGACUGGCUCGGCCGAACUACCGUCUCUUCCCACAUACCCAUAGACACCCUCCUAUCGAGACUGAGCGAGAUGCAAGCCAGUAGACAGUUGCUUGCAACAUGCGUCAAUAAGGUUGCCGCGUCACAAGACAGACUACGAUUGGCACAGGCGUUCAAGAUACAUUCCGUAGUAAUAGAAACAUACGCGAAACAGAAAGACAGACUGGCUCUCCAGAACUACAAGAUGACAUUAAAUCCCCAGUCAGAAGAAUUCAUACUAGUCGAGAAUACGCUUAGAGACAAUUCCAUCAAAUGGAAAAACUGAGAAAAUGAAAGAAAAAUCAAGAAACAAGACACCGGAUACGGAAAAUCUCAAUAAAAAC